AUGAACCCGCUAUUUGCCGCUGUCCUGUUAUUGUGCUGCAGAUGCAACGCCACAGGAGCACAGGACCAUUCAGAUCACGAAUGCCACAGUCAGGGGGUCAGGAGCUGUGGAGAGUGUCUGGCAGCAGGGCCACACUGUGCUUGGUGUGCUGAGGAGAAUUUUCUAGAAGUGGGCCAGCACGUAGGGGAGCGCUGUGACACAGCCGGGGCGCUGCUGAGGAGGGGCUGUCCUUUAGAUCGCCUGGAAGACCCAAGAGGUUCCACUGUCCUUCUAAAGAACCGCAAGAUCACCACAAGACGCCAACGGCAGCAUAAACAGGUCACACAACUCCAGCCUCAGAGUGUCCUCCUCCACCUGAGGCCAGGUGAACCCCAGAGCUUUGAGAUAAAGUUCAAGCGUGUGGACGACUUUCCCAUAGACCUGUACUACCUGAUGGAUCUGUCCUUCUCCAUGGAGGAUGACCUGCCCAAUGUCAAGAAGCUGGGAGCUGACCUCAUGGAAGAGAUGAGGAAUAUUACUAGUGACUUCAGAAUGGGCUUCGGUGCAUUUGUGGACAAGACGGUGAUGCCAUACAUCAGCACAGCGAAGGACAUGCUCAGCAACCCCUGUAAGAGGACCGAACCCUGGCCCUGCGCUGCUCCAUUCACCUACAACCACGUCCUGAGCCUCACUGCCAACGGAAGCCGCUUCACAGAGCUAGUGGGGGGGCAGCGAAUCUCGGGUAACCUGGAUUCACCGGAGGGGGGCCUGGAUGCCCUGAUGCAGGCCGCAGUGUGUGAGGAGCAGAUCGGCUGGAGGAAUGUGACUCGUCUUCUGGUGUUUUCUACCGACGCUGGCUUCCACUCUGCCGGAGACGGCAAACUGGGCGGCAUUGUACUUCCCAAUGAUGGAAAGUGCCACUUGCACAAAAAUGUGUACACCAGAGGAAAUUUCCAGGACUAUCCGUCGGUGGCUCACGUCGCGGAAACGUUGAGACGGAAGAACAUCCAGAUCAUCUUCGCGGUCACUGAAGAAGUCGCACAUCUGUAUGAGGGCCUCAGAAGCAUCUGCACAUCAAAAUGUGCAGUCGGAACGCUUUCCAACAACUCCCACAACAUCCUGCAGAUAAUAGUCGAAGCGUACGAUGCACUGACCUCUGAGGUUGUUAUGGAGAACAGCAAGCUGCCGCCGGGCUAUCACAUCUCCUAUACUUCACGCUGUAAGGACCACAAGCCUGGGCACAGCGAGCAGGGGAGGAAGUGCUCCAACAUCUCCGUAGGUGAUGAGGUGAGCUUUAAUGUAAGCAUUACAGCACCUCUGUGCAUGACUGCAUCACAAAGACCACCCCGCGUUAUUAUUAAGCCCCAAGGCUAUAGUGAGGAGGUUGAGGUCCUGCUGAGCCCCAUAUGCAAGUGCUCAUGUCAAAAGGACGCGGUGCCACGCAGUCCUUCAUGUAGCCAUGGCAACGGCACUCUGGAGUGUGGCACAUGCAGGUGUAAAGAGGGAAGGGUUGGAGCAUUGUGCGAGUGCCAUCAAUCUGAGUCAAGCGAGGCGGUUGACUCCUACCUUUGUCGCCGUGAUAAUGCAUCUGAAGUGUGCAGCGGACAUGGCGAGUGUGUUUGUGGGAAGUGUGUUUGCCGUAAGAGCACCAAAAAGCCCAGCCAUGCUCACUACGGGAAGUUCUGCGAAUGCAGUGAUUUCAGCUGUGAUCAGUACCGAGGCCUGCAGUGUGGAGGGCACGGCAGGUGUGCCUGCGGGGUGUGUAUAUGUCACCCAGCAUUUCGUGGCAGAGCGUGUGAGUGCCCUCUCGGCUCGGAGUCUUGUCUUUCUCAGGAUGAACAGAUUUGUUCGGGCAGAGGGGACUGUCGCUGUGGCACCUGUACCUGCCAUGACAACCGCUUCCAAGGCCCAACUUGUGAGCUUUGCCCUUCCUGCCCCAGCAUCUGCACCCUGCACAGAGAAUGCAUCUUCUGCAGGGCCUUCUCACUGGGCCUGGAUCCAAAGGAGUGCGAGACCAGGUGUGUCCACCUGAACCUCACUCUGGUGGGUCAUGCUGGUGUGCUAGCAACGGUGCCCCCCUAUCCAGGCCGUCACAGGUGUAUGGAGGUGGAUUCAGAGGCCUGCAGAGUGCACUUCUUGCUGCAGAGUAGACAAAAAGGAGGCUCUGUCCACGCUCAUGUGGCUCUUGAACGAGAAUGCCCGUCAGGUCCGAACGUGAUCCUGAUUACCGCAGUGCUAUCAGCCUCUGUUGUGGUGCUGGGCGUGUCUUUGUUGCUGCUAUGGAAACUACUCACGAGCAUCCAUGACCGCAGGGAGUUUGCCCACUUCCAGAGAGAGCUGGAGCAGAGACGCUGGAACAGGAGGAACAACCCCAUCUACAAGAGUGCCAUCACAACAACUGUCAACCCGAAGUAUAAAGAACAAUGA